UUGAUAUUUGCAUCAAAGACCCAACAGCUUCCUGUUCCUCUCUCUACAGCUCCUGGACUACGGAGCCAAUUCUCUUCUCUGUCUUCACCAUAACAUUUUUCACCGACCUGAUGUCAUAGAUCUCCUGCUAUCAGACGAUACAUUCCACCCGGUUUUCGAAAUCCAUCCCAGAUCGCCCCGCGCACACCAUGGGCCACGAUAUAUCAAAACCUACGGGCGAGCCAGUCUCAUUCCACCACACUGGCUCCCCUAUGACUGCCGCGGGUAUGCCGAACUUCGCCGUCCGGAAGCAAAGUUCAAGGAAACCUCGAAACCAGAGACAAAAGAAAAUCAGAAACCGACGCGCCCAAAAAGAUGAAGGCCCUACGAACCUCGGCGCACGUACACACCCCUCCAUACCUAUGCUCUGUCCGGACUGGGUGUGGUCGACCAUGUCCAACGUAAGUGUAGCCAAAGACCGCGAAUGGUUCACCACCUACACACCCUUCAAAUCUACCGUCUGUAUCAGCGGUCAAGACCUCGCCGUCCGCGGCAUCGGUACCGUCAACCUCAACGUCAAACGCCACCCAGCGCGCACCGGCCGGCGAAAUCAAAGCAUCCUCCCUCUCAAAACAGUCCUACACGUGCCCGAAGCGACCUGCAAUAUCCUCGCCAAGAUCCCAAACAUCGAUGGACAGUCGUGCUCCGUGUACAUCUUUCCAGCCCGGGGCGAAAGUCGGAGCUACUCAGUCAUGGACGGUGAAGAGGUAGAAGGCCACCACCACACGGGGCAGCAGACGCAGCAAAAGGAACUGAUGAAAGGCUGCAUCAAAGACCACACGGGAAAAAUGGUUGCCUACUUUGAUCCAGACCACGUAUUGUUCACGCUGAAACUGAGCGGGCCGCCGAUCGGGCCGAUAACGCGGGAGUCGGUUCUCAAAGCGUGGCCCGAGAGUUUACCCUUCAGCAUCUUUGCGCAAUGGGCCGCUGACGAACUGGACAAAUGGAGUUUAAAGCGGGAGAUGCAAAACUUGCUCGCGGAUAGAGAUGUGGAGAAAGACAGCGAAGAUGAUGCCAGCAGCGCGACGCUCGACACCGGCAAUGAGGAUGAGGACGAUCCGGACUUUGGUGUCGUUGCCCAAACCAAUGUCGGUCAUGGUUCUGAGAUGAGGCGAAAGCAACACCCGGGCGACGGGCGAUAUACUCAGGAGGAGAAGCAAUUUCUCCAGAGAAACUGGAAAACGGAGUGGAAAUUCCUAACCUUAUACGGACUCGACAUGACUGACGACAAGGCAAGGGACUUGGGAAGAGACAUUCUGAGAACCAUGAUGGAAAAGGACAAAGUUGAAAAGAUGAGUGCCAACAGGCGGGCGGGACGCGGGGCCUCGAGACCCCGGAGACGCAGCAAAGUUAAUAAGCGCAGCGGACCAGGAAGAGCACAAAGAGCAAAUAACAUAAAGAGCGAGCCACAACAACAGAAUAGGUUUUUGACAGCGAGACUGGGCAAUUAUCGGGUUACACGGGCGCCACAACGCAGGCUGGGCAGCGGCAGAUUGACUGUUAUCAAGGAGGAAAGUCCGUGAUACAAGCAAACCGGGCUACACAGAUCUGGAUUGUAUUGCAUUUUGAACACUGGAAGGAGCAUGACGGACGGAUUGGUUAGGCGUUUUUGGUGGCGGUUAGGGUGAGUUGGUCUACUUUUGUAAAAAUAAAGUUUCUGGGUUUUUACUUUGGAUCGGAUCGGAUGGAUGGAUGGAUGGAUGGCUUCGGGUUACCAUUUUUUGGGGCAUGAAUAACUACCUACCCAAUUGUGUAAUGGACACAGGUACCGUAUGUAUAGCAUGACAUUUUCUUUUUGUUUUACCUCUUUCAACUUUGUCAAGUCAUCGCUUGCUGAGAUGGGUGUAACUAUCCUAGAUACCUAGACAUGGUGGGAGGAUUGGGGAAGCAAUCAAGACUGCCCGACG